AUGCUGACGUGCAACCAGCUGGCACAAGUCGGUUUCAAGGUGGACGACACGUGGAUGUGCAGUUUGCUACUCAAGGGGCUUCCGAAGAGGUACGACCCAAUGAUUUUGGGUUUGGAGUCGUCCGGCGUGGCUCUGACAGCGGAUAUGGUGAAAGCUAAAACCAUGCAGGACGUCAAGGUCACAAGCGGCUCGAAAUCGUCCGAAAACGAUGCUUGGACACUUUGCGUCGGAGUGCCAAGCGAGAAGAAGAAAGAGAAGUGUGGAACCCAGAAAGAACAUGCAGCUUAUUUCGCUGCCCAAGCUGUGCAGUCAACGGAGCGGAACGAUAGCGACUGGUUCUUCGAUUCUGGUGCUACCACCCACUUGUGCCGGAACAAGAAGAUGCUGGAAAAUCCGCUGGACAUGUCGGCGAGGAUCAAAGUAGCCAACAACGCGGAAGUAGCCGUUGUAGCGAAAGGAUCGGUGAAGCUGGAGGCGGAUUGCGGCGAAACGACUUGGGACCUCACGAUGAGCGACGUGCUUUGCGUUCCGGAUCUGGCGAUUAAUUUUCUUUCCGUAAGCAAGCGCGUGGCGUAUACGGUGAAUGUGAUGGCUCGUUUCCAACGGCAAGCGAUGGAUGGAGCUCACAGCCCACCUCUACCAUCGACCGCAUCAAAGUCGGCUAUUCAUUCGAACCAUGCUGCAGCAACGCAACAACCCGCCCUUUUCGAUGGUGAUUAA